ACUCCCUCGCGCUCCCUAUCCGCACAUGAAUCGUCCUCCCUCCCGUCUCCCGAAACCUCGUCCGCCGGUUCCCGUCGCCAUGGUGGUGGUAGUGUCCACCUCCCUAUGCUCCUUCCUGCCCGCGCACCCGUUCAGCCUCGCGCGCCCUCGCCGUCCCCACCCAACGAACCCGACCGCCAAACCCCUCUCCCGUACCCUCUCCAUCCGCUGCAUCGCCACAACCGCGGCGGGACCCCCGCCGCUCCCACCGCCGAAGCUGGUCCGCUGCCCAGCUCUCGACCGCCAGGCGGCGCGCGCAAGCCGACUCCGCUUUGCGCGCAAGCUCCUCACCCUCCUCCUCUCCAAGCCGCGCCAUUUCCUCCCGCUCCGCGUGCUCAACCGCUGCCGCCGCUUCCUCGGCCUCCCGCGCCGCGGCCGCCCGCUCAUCCCCAUGGUCCUCCGCUACCCGACCCUCUUCCGCCUCUUCCAGGCCCACACCUCCCUCCCGCUCUCCCCGUCCCUCUCCACCCUCGCGGUCGCGCUCACUCCCGCCGCCGAGGCGCUCGCCGCCGAUCUUGCGGCGCUCCGCGCCACCGGCACAGGCGCAGGCGCGCUCGCCGCCAAGAUCCACCGCCUUCUCCUCAUGACCCCGCGCCGAAACAUUCCGGUGAACAGGCUCGUCCACCUCGCCCCCGACCUCGGCUUUUCCAUGGACUUCCGCGCGACGCUUUGCCCCCGCCACCCGGACCUCUUCAGACUCGUGAACACCUCCCGCGGCCACGCACUCCAGCUCGCUGAUCCCCCGCCAACGCCCCCUCCGCCGCCCCUCUCUCUUCGCCCCGCCGCGCCGCCCGACCGCCUCAUGGACCGGCCGCGGAGGUUUCCGCACCUCCCGCUCCGCCGCGGGCUUAACCUCCGCCGGGUGCACCGGGACUACCUCCUGCGGUUCCAUAGCCUUCCCGAGGUGUCCCCGUUCGAGCCACUGGAUGAGGGCGCUAGUCUGGAGAUGUUGGAGCGGCGGGCGUGUGCUGUGGUGCGGGAGGUGCUGGCCAUGACGGUGGAGAAGCGGACGCUGGUGGAUCACCUCACGCACUUCAGGAAAGACCUUGGCUUGCCAAACCGGCUGCGCGCCAUGCUGGUGCGACAUCCAGAGCUGUUUUAUGUCAGUGUGAAGGGGGUGCGUCACUCAGUGUUCCUUGUGGAGGCGUUUGAUGAUGAUGGGAGGCUCCUAGUGGAGGAUGAGAUGCUGGUUGGGAGGGAUAGGCUGGAGGAGCUUGUUCGGGAGGGAAAGCGGAUGAGGCGUGCUCGGAAGAAAGGUGUUCUCACGUUCGAUGGUGACAGUGAUGAGGAUGAAGAUGAUGAUGCAGCAGAAGAGGAAGGUUCAUUAAAGGUGGAUGAUGAAUUUGGGGACUUGUUUGAGGAUGGUGUCAUUGGGGAGGACUGGGAGGAGGUAGGCGAUGGAGGUGGAAGUGAUGCAUAUGAAGAGUACGAUGCUGAAUCAGGUGACAUGGAGGAGUUUUGGGUCAAGAAGGCUGUGGCUCAAGGACUGGUUGGCAAUGGUAAUGAGCAGGAUGUUUGGUGAGUGCAUCAGCUUGUGGGACUGCUCAGGAAGUUAACGAAGAUUGAGAAUUCCUCAAGUGUGCUUUUCUCAGCAAUGCACAUAAACCAGUAAGCAUCAGUACAUAUCCGGGUAUCUUGGACCUCUUGGUCCCAUUUGCCGCCUGUCUGUUGGUACUUGCAAGGUAUGAAUGUAUAUACCGCUCGUUUGAUUCUGGCUAUGCACGGUUAUUUCUACAUGCAUGAUAAACAUGUUGCUAAUCAAUAGGAUUAGGGGGAUGCAAAGGUUGAAAAGUUUUGUUGCAUAGCAUGGUUUGUAAUCUUAGGCCGCUGCUUUAUAGGAGUAGGUUGAACAUGGAUGUUUGAUUUGCUGUUAAAUAACAAAUAUGACAUCUAAAAACUCUCAAGUAACUUUAUCAUAUUUAUGUGCUGCCUUGUAUGCUUCUCAUUGAGCAGAGCCAAAAGGUCUUGAGUUCGACGCAACCUCUCUGGGUAAGGCUUGCCACCAUUAUUCCUUCCUCAGAGGCUCAGACCCCACUCAUGUGGGAGCCGUCAGCACUGAGUUUGUCAUUGUAUUCUUCUCAUUAAGCAGACAAUGAUUUUGAUCUGCCAGCCACCCAGCCUGCCUCGAUUGCAUGGGUAGACAACUCUUGUUUGUAUCAAGGCUCCCGAUUGGCACUUCCUCAUCUUCCUCCAGCAAUAAAAUAAAUAAUAAAAACCACAAAUGCUGAAUCACGUUUAAUGUACCUUAAUCUUCCUAGGCUCUAGUCAGUGGCCUAGGUCCUAACACUUUUUGGAACUUUGUGAAGACAGACAGAUGAAGCGGCUCCGUUAUCCUUUUACUUUGUUCUGGAGAGGAGCUAUUUGGACAGUCACGAUGUCCGUCCUCCAGGGCACUGUUUCUGCUUUGAUGCUUAUGAGGCAUGCUCUCUUACUUCCCAAGAUCUCUUGCACGGAAACACAUCCAAAGAUAGCACAGCUUCUAGAACAUCACAAACCUAAUGUGUCACUUCUUAUGCUAAAGUGUGCAGAGUGCGAUAGCUUCUCUGCUACAGAAAACUUUGAAAAAGAUGGCGUUUCAUCUCUUAAGGAGGCAGCCACUGUAUCCGUGUUAGAGUUGAAUGUGCCCUCCUGUCAGAAGCGUUUAUGUAUUAUAGGAGGUACUGCUCUAAGGUGAAAGAGCAAUGCUCAGCAGAUAUGAUACAUGCUGAGGAUGCAUUCAAAAGCUCUUGGAUUUAUCAUGCUGAGGUGAUGAUGGCUGAGUUUUGUACUGUCUGCAUUGAAAAGAAUUUAAUUGAUAAAAUGAUUGAUCUGCCCUGGGAUUCCGAGGAAGACAAACAUCUUCACAAGUUCCUCUUCAACUCUGCUCGAGAAGUGCGCAUGAAACCAAAUGAUAGUCUGCUUGUUGUCUACUACCUUGGGAAUAAAUAUGUGGCGCUUGCGUCAAAUUUAUGCGAUGUGCUUUGAUUUUCUUCGCCCAUACAGAUACAGGUCUCUGGAUAUGCUGAGAAACCUUUCAUCUUAAAUGGAACUGGUGUAGCCCAAAAUGGCCCUGCUAAAAGGUCUGUCUCUGGAUAUGCUGGCUACCAGCCAAGGAUAACAUCUUGAUUCUGCACGCUGGUUUGUGGCGAUAUGUUUCGUCGUGGUCCUGGUUUUAAUUUGGGAGUUCAAAAUGUAAUAUCAGUGGAAUGAAAUUCGUGCGUUUUGAGUAGCUCGGGGUAUAGAAUUUGAAUCUGACUACGUUUCAAAUACUAGAGUUAGAUGACUGCAGUGGCUGGCUUCCAGCUUCUUUAUUAUUUUUGUCUAUUA